CAUGGCUCUCCUUUGCGUGCCGAUCUCAACCCGUUGACGUUUCCUUGAAAACUCCCAAAUUUCCUCUUUUUUCUCUUCUUCCUACAAGACCUUCCAUACAGCGCCUGGACGCCCCUUCCUGUUUUCCUUCUGCACUGCCGAUCGCUCCCUCUGUCACGUUCAUUGCGUCACGGUUGCCAGGGGUCAAAUUUCACAUUCCAGUUCCCAACGUCCAAAACAUCCAUUUUUCAACACUGCAAUCCGCAGACCUAGGAACCAUCUCUCAUUCCUCGAGCACUCGAAAAACAAUUAAUAAACGCAGUCAUUAUGGCGCAUCCCGGCAAUGGCGGAUACCAGGAGCACAAACUGCAGGACCUUCCUCCCGGAGGCGGCUACCACAUACCCCCUCAUCAAGACGAUGAAGACGGAAAUAUACCACUUCUACACCAACAACCAAAUGUGCCGUUUGCGGACCCCUACGACGCCCAAGCGAGAACUCUCCACGGUACCCCGCCAGCCAGACCUGUGUCAAGUUACAGUUUAACGGAAUCUUACGCCCUCCCUGCUGGGGGUAUUGCACCUCCAUACAGCAGCGAAUAUGACGAAGGCGCAACAUAUGGUCACCAGCUAGAGGAUAAUGCACAUCAAAGAUCAGAUUCCCCAUACUCCAGGGCCGAGACAAACUCCACCGAAGCAUGGCGGCAGAGACAAGCUCCAAAUGCUGGAGGGCUCAAACGUUACGCAACCAGAAAGGUGAAGCUCGUACAAGGCGCUGUCCUGAGUGUUGAUCAUCCAGUUCCAUCGGCCAUCAAAAACGCCAUCCAGGCUAAGUACAGGCAAGACCUCGAGGGUGGGAGUGAGGAAUUCACGACUAUGAGGUACACAGCAGCCACCUGCGAUCCUGACGAAUUUACACUCAAGAACGGCUACAAUCUACGCCCCGCAAUGUACAACCGCCACACGGAACUACUGAUUGCCAUUACCUACUACAACGAGGACAAGCAGUUGACUGCUCGAACGCUGCAUGGUGUUAUGCAAAAUAUCCGGGAUAUCGUAAACCUGAAGAAGUCCGAUUUCUGGAAUGUUGGGGGCCCAGCCUGGCAAAAGAUUGUUGUGUGCCUGGUUUUUGACGGAAUCGAUCCUUGCGACAAGGAUACACUGGACCUUCUGGCAACAAUUGGUGUAUACCAAGAUGGAGUCAUGAAGAAGGAUGUUGACGGGAAAGAGACAGUUGCACACAUUUUCGAGUACACUACACAGUUGUCGGUCACUGCGAAUCAGCAGUUGAUCCGCCCCCAAGACGACAGCAGUAAUACCUUACCUCCUGUCCAGAUGAUGUUCUGCCUGAAGCAGAAGAACAGCAAGAAGAUCAACUCUCAUCGAUGGCUAUUCAAUGCGUUUGGCCGUCUUCUGAAUCCUGAAGUCUGCAUUCUUCUUGACGCAGGAACGAAGCCCGGACCAAAAUCGUUACUCUCACUCUGGGAAGGUUUCUACAAUGACAAAGAUCUCGGAGGAGCUUGCGGUGAAAUUCACGCCAUGUUGGGCGGUGGCCGCAAAUUGUUCAACCCUUUGGUUGCCGCGCAGAACUUCGAGUACAAGAUCAGCAACAUUCUCGAUAAACCUUUGGAGAGCUCAUUCGGAUACGUCAGUGUGUUGCCCGGGGCUUUCUCAGCCUACCGUUUCCGUGCUAUUAUGGGUCGACCUCUGGAGCAGUAUUUCCACGGAGAUCAUACACUGUCCAAGAAGCUCGGCAAGAAAGGAAUCGAGGGCAUGAACAUUUUCAAGAAGAACAUGUUCUUGGCCGAGGACAGAAUUCUGUGUUUCGAGUUGGUUGCGAAGGCCGGUUCGAAAUGGCACUUGACAUAUAUCAAGGCCGCGAAAGGCGAGACAGACGUUCCCGAGGGAGCCUCUGAAUUCAUUGGCCAACGUAGAAGGUGGUUGAACGGUUCAUUUGCGGCAAGCAUGUACUCUAUCAUGCAUUUCGGCAGAAUGUACAAGAGCGGUCACAACAUCAUCCGAAUGUUCUUCUUCCACAUCCAACUGAUAUACAACAUCUUCACCGUCUUUCUGUCGUGGUUCAUGUUGGCAUCUUUCUAUCUGACGACUACUGUUAUCAUGGAUCUUGUUGGAAAUCCGACUCCCGCUUCCUCGACCAGCGCGGAGCAUCACGGAUGGCCAUUUGGUGAUACCGCAACUCCAAUCGUCAACACCGUUCUUAAGUAUUUGUACCUGGCAUUUCUCCUCGUGCAGUUUGUCCUCGCACUUGGAAACAGACCCAAAGGUUCAAAGGCUACUUACAUUAUAUCGUUCAUGGUCUUCGGUGUCAUCAACGCUUACCUGAUCGUUCUGUCGAUGUAUUUGGCUAUUCGCGGCAUCUCUGGAUCUUCCAUUCAGACCGACAGUGUGGAUGACUUCUUCAAGAGCUUUUUCGGAAACUCUGGAGCCUCUGGUGGAAUCAUUAUCAUUGCUCUCUUGGCUACAUUCGGUCUCUAUUUCGUGGCCUCCUUCCUGUACCUCGACCCAUGGCACAUGUUCACUUCCUUCGGCCAAUACUUGCUGCUCAUGUCUUCCUACAUCAAUAUCCUCAUGGUCUAUGCCUUCAGCAAUUGGCACGAUGUUUCGUGGGGUACUAAGGGUUCUGAUAAGGCAGAUGCUCUUCCUUCCGCGAAGACAACAAAGGCAGAUGGUAAUUCCGCAGAGAUUGAAGAAAUCGAUAGACCUCAAGAGGAUAUCGACAGCCAGUUUGAAGCAACGGUUAAGCGGGCACUGAAGCCUUACGUACCAGUCGUGGAAGACGAGAAGAGGACGCUUGAGGACUCUUAUAAGUCCUUCAGAACGAAGCUUUUGAUCACUUGGAUCUUCUCGAAUACUAUCUUGGCAGUAUUGAUCACAAGCGACAGUAUCGACAAGUUUGGUUUCGGGGAAACUGCAGCCGUUCGUACCCAAAAGUUUUUCACGAUCCUCCUUUACGCGACUGCCAUCCUCUCUGUCAUCCGAUUCAUGGGUUGCUUGUGGUUCCUUGGACGCUCAGGAAUCAUGUGCUGCUUCUCACGUCGUUAAGAAACUCUCGUUCUCCUCAACUCAAAGCAUUCCAGCGAGCAUUGCGUUUAUUCAGCCACCACAACCUCUGGGGAAUUCAGGUUCGUGGAGCGGGGCUUGUGGAGAAAUGCAUGGAGGUCGGGCGUACCGUGAAAAUUAAUGCUGCAUCAGUGCGUGGCCUCUGCAUUAUACAUCUCGGCGUUUAGACUGUUUUCUGGGGGUGGGAUGGGCAAAAUGGAGAGCGUGUAAUGCUGUUGUAUUGAUGGAUUGUUUGGCGUAGAAAUUGAAUACCCGAUGCGCUGAGCAGAAUGUAUCCCCUGUUUGAAUCGAUUCGGUGUUUGGACUCGGGAUCGGGUAUUGAUUGAAUGAAACCAUAUUCCAGCAUCAACGCCCGUUGAGCAGAUAUUCAUGUUGUACUUGAACCUCGUUCCUUGCCUAGCAUCCGUUCUUGU